AUGGGUCUCUUCUCAAACCCUCUGCGGUCUCGCGAGAACCGCGGGGCCAGAUUACCCAAGUACGAGCAGCUGAGUCCGUUGCGAACCAAGGAGCGUCUCUCCAAUGACGACGACGACUACUACUCCGACGAAGACACGGACGGUUACUCUACCACAUCGACAUCCUCACCAAGUGCGAGGAGCUCAAGAAAUACCUCGUCUUCCCUCUCCAGCGCCGCCUUGAUGCUGCCGAAACGAGCGCUCGCUACUGCCCGCCGACCGCGAACCCACAUGUACAGGUUGCCCAACCGCAUCAUCAGAUAUCUCUGCUUUGGUCUGCUCACCUUUAUGCUGGUCAUGAUCAUGUCAUUGGCGCGCGCCAGUCAUGUUGAGAACAAGAUGAUUUCGGAGGGAAAGGUGGAGAAGAAGCCGGACCCUCCCCCCGUAUGGGAAUCCUUCGGCUUUCUCCAAAGAUACUAUGGCGGUAUCAGAUCAGUUGUUCCCCCCACGAACUAUAUUCCCUCUUACCCUCGGUCCGAGGAUGAGACUCCCCUGGAUCAGCUCGACAUCAACACAACGGCGACUGCUACCAGCGAAGAUGGCAUUGACGACGCCGUGAGGCGAUCGGUGCCCAAGAGCAAGAUGUUCCUCGAUCACCCCGACUCCAUUUUCAACACCAAGCCCGAGAAGAUUACUGAGUGCUUUGUCGACAAGGAGAACAAGGUUCGUGUGCCGCCGAUUCGCUACUUCGACGGCCGACCCCAAGGAUUCCCCCAGCACGUCGAGGGAUCCUACGAGCUCCUGAACCUUCCUGAGAACAUCUGCUACGAGCGCUUCGGACGCUACGGUCCUUAUGGCUUCGGAUACUCCGUCCCCGCCGGUGGUCUUGGCGUCGGUGAACACGGCGAGAAGGAGGGCUCCGAGGCCGUCUGGGAACAGGCUGCCAAGGUGGAUUGGCGCAAAGUCAACUGGGCGGAUGCUCAGCAACGAUGCUACCAGUCCAAUGCGCAAAGAUUCAAGGCCAUGCCGCCCAAGGUCCCAAUGGCGCGUGGUUUCUACAUUGACGAGCCUAUUCAAAACGCUACCUUGGUUGCCCGCGAUCCCCUGGACAACUUGGAGCCCACCGCGAAACCCGUCCAAGAUGGCAAGCCCGAGGAGAAGAGCGAGAGCAAGCCUGCCAGCGAAGAGCCAAAGAAGGACGAAGAGAAGGGCGCUCGCACUGCGGUCGUGAUCCGUGUCUGGGACGAGUACAACUGGCGCGAGGAUGAUAUUAUGAACGUCCGAUCCGUCAUUUCCGAGUUGGCCCUGGCCUCUGGCGGACGCUACGACAUCCACCUCCUCGUUCAGAUCAAGAAUGACGCCGCCCACCCCGUCUUCGCCGACCACGAAGUUUACGAGCGCCGUAUCAGGGAACGUAUUCCAGAAGAGUUCAGAGGUCUUGUGACGCUGUGGACAGAGACACAGAUGCUCUCCCUCUACCAGGGUCUCUUUGACCUGUUCACCCGUGGUCCCGACCUGCCAGUUCAUGGUGUUUAUCGCGGUCUUUCGAUGGCUAUGCAGUAUUUUGCAUACCAGCACCCCGAAUACGACUACUACUGGUCUUGGGAGAUGGACAUCCGCUACACUGGACACUACUACGACCUCUUCAGCAAGAUGGAGAACUGGGCCAAGGAGCAGCCUCGAAAGGGCCUUUGGGAACGCAACUCCCGUUUCUACCUCCCGAGUGUUCACGGCUCAUGGGAGGACUUUAGACAGAUGGCUCGCGUUCAAUCUGAGAUGGGCACUGACGGAGCCGACAACAUGUGGAAGAACAUGCCCGGCGCAAAGAGCAAGGACGGCAAGGAUCCCACUCAGGUUUCUCGCGCAGAGAAGACUAUCUGGGGCCCGGAGCGACCUCUGAAUGAGGAGGAUUGGUUUGAGAUCGAAAAGGACCCCAAGCCCCCUACCAGCUACGAGAAGGACAAGUACAAAUGGGGAGUCGGCGAAGAGGCUGAUCUGAUCUCCUUCAACCCCAUUUUUGACCCUGAAGGCACCACUUGGCUCCUGUCGGAAGACAUCACCGGAUACAACAAGAACAACCGCAACGAGCGCAUGCCUCCGAGAAGAGCGCACAUCAUCACCGCGUCGCGCAUGUCCCGUCGCCUCUUGAUGACGAUGCACCGCGAGACGGCUUUUAAGAAGCACUUCGCAUUCCCCGAGAUGUGGCCUGCCACGGUUGCCUUCCACCACGGAUACAAGGCCGUCUUCGCACCUCACCCCAUGUAUGUCGACAGGGAGUGGCCCACAGAGUACAUGGCCCAGGUCCUCAACGGUGGCAAGAACGGCGCUAGUGGUGGUUCUCGCACAGCUGUGUUUGGCCAGCGCGAGCACAACUUGCGUGGUUUGUCCUGGUUCUACAACUCUGGUUUCGCCCCGAACUUGUACCGCAGAUGGCUUGGCCUCAGGGUUAACAACGACGGUGGCGAGGAGUUCGAGAAGACCGAGGACACCACCAAGGAUGGCUCGAGCGUCGGCCAGAUGCGCGGCGGCGAGGGCCGCAUGUGCCUGCCGCCAAUGCUCAUCCACCCCGUCAAGGGUGUUGAGUUGCCUGUGGAGGCGAUACCCGAGGAAGACAAGGAGAAUGCCGUUCCGGAGUCUGAUCCUAAUGCAUGA